AUGACAACCCUUGAGGAGCUGUUUCUGGAAGAUAACCAACUGCUAGGCUCGAUUCCUCCAGCCCUUGGUAACCUGAUCAACUUAAGGAGCUUGGUUGUUUCGGCAAAUAACUUAAGUGGCGAGUUGCCAGAGUCGUUUGGGAAACUCAGGAACAUGACAGACUUUAGAAUUGAUGGAAACCCGAUCUCCGGCAAAAUUCCAAGCUUCAUCGGAAAUUGGACUAAACUCAGUCGUUUGUGA